GCGUCACGUGACCCAGACCAGGAAGUGCAGUCACAGCAGCAGACGGCUGUACUUAUCUGUACUUAUCUGAACUUGUCUGUGCCUCAGCAAGUCGAGGCUCCCUUCGGUCUGGAAAGAUGACAGACUUUUUGUCAAGGAUAAAACAAAGCGUGUCGGAGAAGAAGAGGAAGAAGAGUCCCGUCGCCCAGUCCGACUUACGGAAGUGGGGUUUAAGAGGCAUACAGCUGCGACCCUACCAGCUGGACGGCGUGCAGUGGCUCACCCAGUGUCUGCAGGGCCAGCAGGGAUGCAUCCUGGGAGACGAGAUGGGCUUAGGAAAAACCUGUCAGACGAUCUCUCUGCUGGUGUACAUGUCAGGAGCUCUCGGGAAGAAAGGUCCCUUCUUAGUCCUGAGCCCGCUCUCUGUCAUGGAGAACUGGAGAAGGGAGCUGGAAUGCUUCGCCCCAACUCUGACCGUGCUGUGUUACAAGGGCGACAAAGUGAGACGAGCCGAGAUACAGAGAGGAGCAGAAGCACAAGACUUCCACGUUCUUCUCACUACAUAUGAGCUCUGUCUCAGAGAUGCCUCAUUCCUGAGAUGGUGGAAGUGGAAAGUGCUUGUGGUAGACGAAGCUCACCGAAUAAAGAAUCAGAAGUCACUAUUGCACAACACCUUGACAGAGCUUUCAGUGGAGUUCAGAGUCCUGCUGACAGGGACUCCCAUCCAGAACAACCUGCAGGAGCUCUACUCCCUGCUGACCUUCAUUCAGCCCAGCGUCUUUACCGCCGAUGAGACGGACGACUUCGUCAAGUCAUACUCAGUUGUACAAGACCAGCCUUCUCUUGCCGCUGAGCUGCAGAGUGUCCUGGAGCCUUUCCUGCUUCGUAGAGUCAAGUCGGAGGUGGCGGUAGAUCUGCCGAAGAAGACGGAGCUGCUGAUGUACCACGGCAUGUCGGCUCUGCAGAAAAAAUACUACAAGGCCAUUCUGAUGAAGGAUCUGGAGGCUUUUGGAAACGACCAAGGCAACAAGAACCGGCUGCUGAACAUCCUGAUGAACCUGAGGAAGUGUGUCGAACACCCAUACCUGUUUGACGGGGUGGAACCAGAGCCUUUUGAGAUGGGAGAGCAUCUUGUAGAAGCCAGUGGGAAACUUUGCCUCCUCGACAGCAUGCUGACCUACCUGCACAAAGGGGGCCACCGGAUCCUGCUGUUCUCUCAGAUGUCCAGGAUGCUGGAUAUUCUCCAGGAUUACAUGGAGUACAGAGGUUAUAGCUAUGAACGCCUGGAUGGGUCUGUCCGAGGGGAAGAACGGAAUCUGGCGGUGAAGAACUUUAGCAGCAAAGAUAUAUUUAUCUUUCUACUCAGCACUAAAGCAGGGGGAGUGGGCUUGAACCUUACAGCUGCUGACACAGUCAUUUUUAUGGACACUGACUUCAACCCUCAAAAUGACUUGCAGGCUGCUGCACGCUGCCAUCGGAUUGGUCAGAACAGGCCUGUAAAAGUGAUCCGCCUUCUUACAAGAGACACUGUGGAGGAGAUAAUGUACGCUCGCGCUGUGUCCAAGUUGCACCUCACCAACACGGUCAUUGAAGAAGGCCGCUUCUCUCUACUGGAUCAAGCUCAGUCAGCUGCUGGAGGACUAAAGCUCAGUGAGAUCUUGAAGUUUGGGGUAGAUAAGCUCUUGUCAUCCGACGAGAGCUCUGUACAGGAUGUGAAACUAGAGAAGAUUCUCGGUCCAUCACGUGAUGGCCAUUGGGUGGAUGAUGAAGACUCCACCUCGCUUAGAGAAGAAGAACAAGAAGAAGAGGAGGAGGAGGAGGAGGAGGAGAAUGGCUCAGAAUCUGACAGACGAGAGAACCACAUGUACUACUUUGACGGCAGAGACUACAGUAAGAACCCCACGUCCGAUGACCACGAGAGCUUCGAUCGUUUGUUGGAGGAGCAGCUGGACAAGUUUCAGAGGACUGCAGGAGAGGGACCAGCUCUGCGGAACAAAACUGGAGUUUCACAGUUGUUAGUACCUGGGAUUCAAAGAAGGAAGAGGAAACAUUUGACUGAGGCGGAGCUGGAGCUCAGGCAGCAGAGGAGGGAGGAGGCUGCAGCCAAGAGAGCCAAAGUUAAGGAGGACGCGAAGAAGAAACAGCAGGAGCAGAAAUACAAGAAAAAAAUGGAAUGGUGGGAGUCCUGUGGCUAUAGAUCACUGUGCUUGCAGUCUUUGGACAGUGAAGAAGAAGAGGAGGAAGAGGAAGAAGAGGAUGACGGCAGCAUAUGUUCCACAGACUCUGACAGCACGGCGAUCAACUAUGUUCUGGGGGAUGUUACUCAUCCACAUGAUGCUCAGGGGGACGCUAUCAUCGUCCACUGUGUUGAUGACUCGGGCCGUUGGGGCAGGGGAGGCUUGUUUACUGCUCUAGAGGUGAGAUCUGAUGAACCACGGAAGCAAUACGAGUUGGCUGGCAAGAUGAAAGAUUUGGACCUGGGAAACGUGUUGCUCUUCCCCGUCGAUGACAAACAGUCCAGAUUGGAUGGCCAAGAUCGAUUGGCUCUAAUAGUGGCACAGCAGAGAGACAAAGCCAACAACUUGUCUGGGAUCCUGCUGACAGCUCUAGACGACAGUCUAAAGAGGAUUUCUGGUGCAGCCAAAAGACAUAAAGCAAGUGUUCAUCUUCCUCGCAUCGGUCACUCCACCAAAGGCUUCAACUGGUACGGCACAGAGCGACUCAUCAGGAAACACUUGGCCUCAAGGGGGAUCCCCACCUUCAUAUACUAUCACAGCAGAGUUGCCAAGAAUACGGCCACACCCCCGGCAUCCACCUCUGCGACCUUGGCGUCCUCCCCUGAACCACAGCUGUGUAACUCUGACAGGUUGACUAGUCAGACGGAAGCGGAAACCCCGGGCCCCUCGGCUCCUGAGGUCCGGAGCCACGGCACCGCGGACCUCCCCGAUUUCAUGACGGGAGUCCAUGUGUUUUUCUACAACCUCCCUGCGUCGGAGAGGAAGAGGCUGGGCCGAUACCUCAUCACUUAUGAUGGAGAUGAGGACGACGUGAUGAGUCCGGAGAUCACCCACAUCGUCGCAGUGGUAGAGAGCAGCGUCCACUCACGGGAGCUCCAGGACCUGGCGCGUCAGUACACCCAGGCGGUCCCUGUGCAGAAGGCCUGGCUGGAGUCCUGCUUCUCCAAACAACGAAAAGUCGACACUGCACAGUUCAUACACCUGCUCAAAUAACACUACGAUUCAGUGUUUAAUCCCUUUUAAUCCCCUUUUGUCUAAAUCAUGAAUGGACUUUGUUUGCUGCUUUAAAAAUGCUGAAUAGUUUAUAAUGAUUGAUUUGUUAAUGUAAUAAGCAGUUAAUAAACAGGCACCCCCCUGCUGUUGUGUUGGAAAACUG